UCUCUCUUUGACUGUGAUACUCUGUUUCCCUGGUGACACGAGGCGGUCACUUGUCCCCUUAGGUCUGUUCUCAGUCUGCGGUUGGACUCCCACCGUGUGUCUGUGUAUUUGAGCAGAGUCCACUUGGGUCCUCCGAAGCAACUGUACAACACCUUGCAUUCUUAUCCAGAAUGCAACUCACGACAGAGGAGAAAAUAGAGCUUGGGCUCAAGGAACAGGGGUCAAUCAAUCCUGCAUUUAUGGGCAAAGACAGUGAUGAACAGCCCCAACUGACAGUAGACGUUGAGGAGCCACCCACGGAGGCCCUGGAGGAGACUGUGGACAAAAGUCUGGAUUUGGUUUACUCCCUCAAUGACAGGCCACCGUGGUACCUCUGCAUUCUCCUCGGCUUCCAGCAUUACAUCCUUGCUUUCGGCGGCAUCAUUGCAAUCCCACUCAUCCUGGCUGAGCCCCUGUGCAUUAAGGACAACAACAUCGCCAAAAGCCAGCUCAUCUCCACCAUAUUCUUUGUGUCAGGGUUAUGCACACUGCUGCAGACGGCUAUCGGCACCAGGUUACCAAUCCUUCAGGGUGGGACCUUCAGUUUCAUCACUCCGACCCUGGCCAUUCUUGCUCUGCCGAAGUGGCAGUGUCCAACCCCAAACUCGCCAGUGACGCUGUCCAUCCACACGCAGAAUGGCACCAGUCCGCAGCUUAUAGAAGAUUCUGAUGAGGUCUGGAUGUCACGAAUGCGUGAGAUCCAGGGAGCCAUCCUGGUGUCGUCUCUGCUGCAGAUGUUCCUGGGCUUUUCUGGACUGGUGGGCCUGGUGCUCAGAUUUAUCGGCCCUCUGGCUAUCGCUCCCACCAUCAACCUUAUUGGCCUGUCGUUGUUUAUUGAGGCUGGAAAGAAGUCUGGAGGUCACUGGGGAAUAGCUGCUCUCACCGUCUGCCUGAUCCUCCUGUUCUCCCAAUAUCUCAGCAAAGUCGAUGUUCCAAUGAUCGCUUACAAGGAUAAGAAGUGGAAGGUUUUCCAGUAUCCCCUGUUCAAGCUCUUCUCUGCUCUGUUUGGGAUGUGUGGCGGCUGGCUGGUCUGCUUCCUACUGACCAUCUUUGAAGUCCUGCCUUCAAAGUCUAAUGAGUAUGGCUAUUCAGCCAGGACCGACAUCAGCCUGGACGCCGUAGCGAACUCCCCAUGGUUUCACGUACCUUACCCUGUGAAGAUCCCACCUGAGGUGAAACCAAAGGUUGGCAGCAGACUGGUCCUCCAGACAGCUGGUCUUCUCAUGAUCAUCCUGGGAAUCUUUGGGAAGUUUGGAGCAGUUUUUAUCACCAUCCCAGACCCGGUCAUUGGAGGCAUGUUCCUCGUAAUGUUUGGAAUGAUUGCAGCUGUGGGGAUAUCCAAUCUUCAAUAUGUGGACCUGAAUUCAUCCCGUAACCUCCUCAUCCUCGGCUUCUCUACCUUCAGUGGACUUGUCUUACCCACCUGGUUUCACUCCAAUCCUGGCGUCAUUGACACAGGAAUAAAAGAACUGGACCAAGUGAUUACUGUGCUCUUUACUACCCACAUGUUUAUUGGAGGAUUCUUUGGGUUCAUCUUGGAUAACACCAUUCCAGGUACUGAAAAAGAGCGGGGCAUCAAGAACUGGCAGGAGAAGGUGCAAGGGGAGUGCAAAAACAUGUGUGACCAAUCUUGCUAUGAUAUCCCUUUCUGCAACAGUGUUUUGAAACGGUUUAGAGUUUUUCAGUACCUGCCCUUCCUCCCUUCUUACAAGACCACCCAGCAGCGGACAUCCAAGUAAUGAAGUGCUACCUUACGGAUGUUGGCCAUUUGGCCAAGCAAGUUACCUUAGUUACCUUAGGAUUGGGAAACAGAACAAGUGGAACUGGGGAACUGCAUUGAAAACAGGCUUCUAACCUCACAUAAACAUUGUUGGCACACUGGUCGUUGAAUUGCUUUACAUUAUUCAUGGUGAUAUUGAAUUGUCAGAGUGAUAAAUGUGUUUACCACUGAGCCACUAUGACCUUUGUCUGCUACAGUUUCCUCCCACACUUUGAAACGUUGCAGGUUUGUAGACUGGAUAAAACCUUUAAAAUAUAACAUAUGGUUACUGUUUGUCUCUAUGCAGCAGUGCACCAACCAGAAACCAUUCAGACUGUGCCUGACCCUCUUAACUGCAGUGUGAGGGAAUAAAAUAAUCCCCUUUGAGUGAGGUUCUGUUAAAUAAAUCUAAUCUAAUCCAAACCUCAUAUCAUCUUUAACACUUAAAGUAUUUUGUCCAUACAUAAAGUCAGAAACCGAUUCAACUGAAUUUAUAAAAAAGAGUUGAGUUUCUGUGUCUGAUAACAGUUGGAGU